UCAUGAUCCCCAUGUGCUGACAUCGAACCGAUUCCAAGGAGGCAGAUGGAGGAGGAGCCAGGGUAGAGUUCCAGCACUGAUGGUACCGGUCAAAAAAUUGGUCGACAGUGAAAAAUCUAAGAACACUAUAAAGGUUUCUUCUCUUCAAGGAAGGGUAACUCUUAUUCUACUGAUGUAA